AUGCAUCAAGCAAAGUUAAUUGUAUCGGCAUCUCUCCAGGAACCAGAAACUGCUGAAGCUUUUGAAAAGACGUUUGGCACUCACUUGCCCGAAAAUGAUUUACCCGAAGCUACCCGUAUUAAUAAACAAUCUCAUGAUCUGGUUAACGCUGAACAUGAUUUACAAAUUGCCAAAGCAAUUGAAAAGACUCAUAAUCCUAUAUCGAUUUCUGAAGAAGUUGACGCUCACUUGCCUGAGAUUGCCUCUGAGCUCCUCCGUUAUUAUGAACUUUGGAACUGUCACUAUACCAAAUGGCCAGGCCUCAACGAAUUUUCUAAUCAUCUACGUGAUGUUAACAAAGGUCGUGUUCAUAAUUCGUUUAAGAUGGAAAUAAAGGUUUUGCGAAAGCUGUUUGCAGACGAACAUCCAGCACAAAUGCGCCUUUCACAGUUGGAGGGUCAAUUAAAGGCGAAACAGAUGCCACGAAAAAUAAAAAAGACCUAUAGAAGAAAAAUAUCGAAAUCAACAAAAAUGCUUACCAAGAAAGAAGUUGUAAAAGAAGAAAUAGAAAUCGCAAAGAAUUCUGUGAUUGCAAAGGGAUACCAUCGGAUAAAUAAACAUUAUGAAGAUUACCAUGAGGCGAGCACUCAACUCGUUAAACGAAAUUUGUCUGAUGAUGGAAAUGAGGUGUUUCUGGCUACAAAAAGAGCGAGAACCACGAAAUAA